AUGAAUUCCGUGAAUAAUACUGUCCGAGAAGAAGAUCAGGUGGAUGAGCGAAAUCUUCUAAGAGAAAAGUACAAGCGAGCAGUAUCAGAACUACUGGAAGAACUCAAGUCUAAGCCAAAAUCUGCCUACACCAGCGACGACAUAUCUAGCAUUGGUGUUAGUCUUGAACUAUUCAACCCAAACGACUCGAAUUUUACUGAGUCAAAAGUUUGCUUUUUCAAGCCCUUCCAGUUGGACGAGUUCAGAAAGUUCUAUGGAGAACUUUAUGACGAUGAUGACAUCUACCACGAAGUUGACGAGAUAUACCACAACAUUACAAUCCGCUCUACGACAGCGCAAAAGGGUUCCUCCUUGGACAGUCCCCUGUCUUCCAUGCUGGAGAGUUCACGACGAACGCGAGUGGAAUUCCGAAUCAGAGACGAUAUAUCCACAUAUUAUGCUCACCCUAAACACUGCAUACGGGCAAUACCUGAUGAAAUGCUCUUCAACGAGCUUUUCUGUGCCGCACAGGCCAUCAAAAACCGUAUGAACCAAGAAGAGUUCAAGGAUACUUCUCUCUUCCCACUAGGUGUUUCUCCUUUCGGCUUUUGCACCCUGACAUUGGCAUGUCCUUCAGAUCAAUUACGACAAGUCCGCCCAGGGAACGAGGACGAUUCGCACCUUGAAGCGGCCAAGUAUGUCCCCGUACUAGUAUUCAACCAAGAAGGUGUUCCACCUGAGGAUACCUCAUCUCCCAAGUCCUAUCAUUAA